GCCUGGAGUUCCUCAGCGCUGAUGGUGAAUAGCCACUGUUGCGGUAACGGGCGGAGGAGAAGAAGCCGCAGAAGGAGUCAGCAGUGGCAGGGAGAGAUAGUUCGGAGUCAGUCUUAUAGAUUUAGCAGUAUUACGUGUAUCGUCUGAUCUUUAGAAACCUCAGAAGGGAAAGGAAGGGAGAAAAUAAGGAAAGAUGGCGGCCGCGGCCUCGCCGGCCUCCGGCUCGUCCACCUCCUCGGACUGGAUUGUACUGAGAGACGGCUGCCUGCGCUGUGACGAGGAGGGCCUGCGAAGCCUUUCCUACCACCCGGCCCUCAACGCUAUCCUGGCCGUUACCAGUCGCGGCAGUAUCAAAGUAAUUGACGGCACUUCGGGGGCUAUUCUCCAGGCUUCAGCGUUGCACGCCAAACCUGGAGGCCGUGUCAGGUGUCAGUACUUUCCCGCAGUGGACAAGGUGCUUUUUGUGGAUGACUAUGCAGUGGGAUGCCGGAAGGACCUGAACGGCAUCCUGCUCCUGGACACAGCCCUGCAGCCUCCAGUGGCCAAGCCUGAGGACAUGGUUCAGCUGGAGCUGCCGGUCACAGAGGCCCAACAGAUGUUGUCAGCCUGUCAGGAAAAGAUCGAUGUGUCCAACACAGAGGGCUAUGAACUCUUCAUCAACCAGCUCAAAGAAGGCCUGAAGAAUACCUCACACGAGACGGCAGCCAAUCACAAAGUGGCCAAGUGGGCAACGGUAACCUUCCAUCUUCCCCACCAAGUGCUGAAGCUGGUGGCCAGCGCCAUUGUCAAUGAGCUGAAGAAGAUCAACCAGAACGUAGCUGCCUUGUCUGUGGCCUCAUCCAUCAUGGACAGGCUCUCCUACCUCUUGUCAAGCGCACGGCCUGAGCUUGGGGUGGGACCUGGUCGCUCCGUAGAUAGGUCUUUAAUGUACAGUGAGGCCAAUAGGAGAGAGACAUUCACAUCGUGGCCACAUGCUGGGUACAGGUGGGCUCAGCCUGAUCCCAUGGCUCAAGCAGGCUUUUACCAUCAGCCCGCCUCCACAGGAGACGACAGAGCCAUGUGUUUCACCUGCAGCGUGUGCCUGGUCUGUUGGGAACCUACAGAUGAACCGUGGUCCGAACACGAGCGACAUUCUCCCAACUGUCCAUUCGUGAAGGGAGAGCACACACAGAAUGUGCCCCUGUCAGUGACGCUGGCAACCAGUCCCGCCCAGUUUCCCAACAGCCCCGACAGUUCGGACAAGAUUGCCUGCUAUGGUUUCGGCAGUUGCCCGCAGUUCCUGGCUGCUGCCACAAAGAGGGGCAAGAUCUGCAUAUGGGAUGUCUCUAAAAUGAUGAAGGUGCAUUUAAAGUUUGACAUCAAUCCGUACGACCCGGCCAUCCUGAGGCAGCUGAUCCUGUGCGGGGGUGUGCAGAGCCAGCAGGCGCUGACAGAAUCUCGGAGACCAACUCUAGCUUGGCUUGAGGAGACAUCCUCCUGCUCGGACCUGCCCAAGUUGGAGGGAGACAGUGAUGACCAGUUGGAGGAUUCCGACAGUGAUGAGCAUUCCCGAUCAGAGUCAGUAACAGGCCAGCAGUCCCAGUGGGAGAGCAUGGAUGUGAACCUUGGGGUGACGGCAUUGAGUGUUCUUCAACAACCAGAGAAGCUCCAGUGGGAGGUGGUGGCCAGCGUGCUGGAGGACACAGUCAAGGACCUGGAGGAGCUGGGGGCUAACCCCCCAAUGAACCAAGCAAAGUCUCACAGUCAAGCAAAAGCAAAGGACAAGGUCACUGACCACCACAACAUUCCCUUCCCCUGCCUACUGGCUGGAGGCCUGCUUAGCUACCGCUCACCAUCCAGCACCCCCAUGGCUGGACCCCCACCCACAGCCCCUGCUACAGCACGCAGGACUGCAGAUGGCCCCCUCAGAACUCAUGGCCCUGAGCCCUUUCAUCCUGGUCCUCUGCAUGACCAAGGUCCCAUGGAAAUAGAAUCCUGUAACCCCCAGACUGCAACCCAGGAGCAGGGCUUCUCUAACCUAACAGGUUCCCAUCCUCCAAGCCCCUCCUCUCUGCCAGCGGUGCGCAGGACUAUACCUGUCCUUCUGUUGUACAGUAUAAGAGAGGUGGAUGACAAGUCCUCUGGACAAGUGUUUGCUCAAAUGAACAACCUCAUGAGCAAGGGGCUCCAUGAGGAGGGCUUUACUGUACCGCAGAUUAUAGAGAUGGAGUUUGACACACAUGAGCAGCUCCUUCUUCAGGAUCCUCCAAUCACUUAUAUUCAGCAGUUUGCUGAUGCAGCAACUAAUCUUGCAGGGUUAGAUGGACACGUGGACAAAUGGAGCACGCUGGCUGCUUCUACUGUCUCUUCCCCGCCCCGUCCUGGAGCGCUUGUGCAGUGCUUGAGGAUGCCAAAACAGCUUGAAGAGGAGAAUCUAUAUGUGGACUCCAUCACACCCUGCUCGGAUGGUGUGCACCUCCUUGUUGGCCUUCAGCCCUGUGGCGCUGAAUCUCUCAGCGCUACAAACCAAGUGGAAGCUCUCAACAAUCUCAACCGCCUGCACUCUGCCCUGUGUAGCCAGCGAAAAGGAGACCCCCUACAUCCAGUGGCAAAUGGGGUGGAAGGCCACCACCCAGGGGGGUCACCACCUCAGACGCCCCUCAUUCUGCCCCCAGGAGACCAGCAGCAGCAGCAGCAGCAGCAGCAGCAGCAGCAGCAGCAGCAGCAGCAGCAGAGGACCCCAAGUGGGGGGAGCGGAGGCUUUCUUGCCCUCUACAAGCUCAACUACUCCACCCGUAUAGUCACCUUGGACGAAGAGCCAAUCAAAGUGCUGCAGAUCUGGGACCCCUCUGAUGCAAUUACUUCUCUUAUUUUGCUUCCUCCAGAUGUGCUUGAUAGCAGGGAGGAUGAUGGCGAGGAGGCUUCUGAGGAGACUCUCCCCUCUGUGUCAAAGAACGGCUCCUCUGUGUUUGGAAUACGUCCAGUAGGCUCUGUUGGAACUGAAAUUGGGACUGCGUGUGGUGCAGCCACAACCAGCAGUAGUGCUAACGCCACCAGUCCCUCCACCUCUGCCUCAGGCCACAAAGAGAGCAAACGGGUAGAGGUAACUGGUCUGGGACACCUGGUGGUGACCACAAGGGCAGGGUUUAUUAUGAUACUGGACCUGUCCACGUUGGAGGUCAUGGCUAAAGUGGAGCCACCUAAAAAGGAGGGUUCCGAUGAGAUGGACCCCUUUGUCUCAGUAACUUAUUGCUCUGGGACUGACCGCCUUUGUGCCUGUACCAAAGGUGGAGAACUUCAUUUCCUUCAAAUUGGAGGUGUUUGUGAUGAUAUAGAUGAUGGAGACAUGUUUAUUGAUGGCCCCCUUUCUAAAGGGGCUGAACUGCUGCUUGAGGGGGCCAAGCCCUCCUCCAACCCAUCUAGUCCUGGGAUCACAGGAGUGGACCUCCUGGUCGAUCAACCGCUGACCACAGAGAGCUUGAUGUCGCUGGUGGAGCUGACGCGCUUCGAGACACUGACCCCCCGCUUCUCAGCCACAGUGCCCCCAUGCUGGGUGGAGGUACAGCAGGAGCAGCAGCAGCGACGGCACCCACAGCACCUUCACCAGCAGCACCACGGAGAUGCAGCCCAGCACACCCGCACGUGGAAGCUUCAGAGUGAUAGCUCCAGCUGGGAUGAGCAUGUGUUUGAGCUGGUGCUGCCCAAGUCCUGCAUGGUGGGCCACGCAGACUUCAAAUUUGUCCUGAAUGCCAACAUCGUCAACAUUCCUCAGAUCCAGGUCACUCUACUGAAGAACAAAGCCCCCGGGCUGGGCAAAGUCAGCGAGACUGCAGUGGACAGACAGAUCUCAUUCCCCCUCUCCAGCGUUCUCCAUGCCAAUGGAGAGAGGAACGGCCAGCCUCUGCUGCAUGACUUCUCGGAGGACAUCCAGUUUAUGGACAUAGAGGACACAUCAGGCUCCAUGCUGUGUCCAUUUCUAGAGGACCACAAGGAAGACAUCCUGUGUGGUCCAGUGUGGCUGGCCAGUGGGCUGGACCUCUCUGGUCAUGCAGGCAUGCUUAGCCUCACCAGCCCCAAGCUGGUCAAAGGCAUGGCAGGAGGGAAGUACCGCUCCUUCCUGGUUCACAUCAAAGCAGUGAGUGACAGGGGCAUGGAGGAGAGUCCUCGGCCGGUGUUAAGAAUGCCCAGUGCCAAACCUCAGGGCACCAAAGCCCACUCGCUGUCUACACUGCUGCAACGGGCCCAGGCCUCCAAGGACAAGGUCUCUUCAGUGAAAACGGAGAGCUCAGCGCCCUCGAAGAAAGUCGAGAACUUGCGAGGAUGCGACCUGCUGCAGGAAGUUUCUGUCACAAUCAGAAGGUUCAAGAAGACAUCAAUACCCAAAGAACGGGUCCAACGCUGUGCUAUGCUGCAGUUUAUGGACUUCCACGAGAAGCUGCUGGACGCGCUGUGUCGAAGGACAGAGGGCAGCGCAGCCACUGAGCAUGCACAAAGCCUCAUCCUAGACAUCUUGUGCUGGCUGGCUGGGGUUUUCUCCAACGGUCCCUGCGGCUUGAGAGAGGGGAAGGAGGGCCUGCUCGCAAAAACCCGGACGCGACUAACGGAUAUUGUACGGAUGUGCUUCUUUGAGGCAGGCCGGAGCAUAGCUCACAAGUGUGCUCGCUUUCUUGCACUUUGUAUUAGCAAUGGGAAAGGGGACCCCAGUCAACAGGGUUUUGGCAUGAGUCUGCUGAAGGCUCUGUUGGACAAUAUGCCUUACUUACCUGCAGCAGCAACAGGUGGCUCUGUGUUCUGGUACUUCGUGUUGCUGAACUAUGUGAAGGAAGAGGACAUGGCGGGCUGCAGCACCGCCUGUGCCUCCCUGCUCACCGCAAUCUCUCGGCAGCUGCAGGACCGCCUCACCCCACUGGAGGCACUUCUGCAGACCAGGUACGGCCUGUACAGCUCUCCAUUUGACCCCGUGCUCUUUGACCUGGAGGUCAGUGGUUCCUCCUGUAAGAAUGCCUUCAACAGCAGCAUCGGAGUCCAGUCAGAUGAGAUCGACCUCUCUGACAUUCUCUCAGGGAAUGGAAAAGUGAGCAGCUGUGCAGCAGCAGAGGGCAGCUUUACAGCUUUAACAGGACUCCUGGAGGUGGAGCCUUUGCACUUUACUUGUAUCGCCACCAGUGAUGGCACACGGGUGGAACGAGAUGACGCCAGCAUGUUCACUGUGAGUACAUUUGGCGUGACGCCGACUGUAGGUGGCCUGUCAACAGGGCCUGUGGGUGAAGCUUCCACAGCCCUCAGCUCUGCAGCCCAGGUGGCGCUCCAGUCGCUGUCCCACGCUAUGGUUUCUGCAGAGCAGCAGCUGCAGGUCCUGCAGGAGAAACAACAGCAGCUACUGAAGCUACAGCAGCAGAAGGCCAAGCUUGAAGCCAAACUGCAUCAGACCACCUCUGCUGCCGCCGUUGCCUCAGGUGUGGGGCCCAUCCACAACUCUGUGCCUUCCAACUCCUCCUCUGCCCCGGGCUUCUUCAUUCACCCCUCCGAUGUCAUCCCCCCAACACCUAAAACCACUCCCCUCUUCAUGACUCCUCCCCUUACGCCACCCAAUGAGGCAGUGUCAGCAGCCUACAGCGCUGAGCUGGCUCACCUGUUCCCUGGCUCCAUGAUGGACCCGGGGCCUGUCAACCUUGCUGCACACAAGAACACACACAAAGCCAAACCGAGCCCCAUGGGUAGUGGUCUGGCUUUGGCUAUUUCCCAGGCAUCUCACUUCCUGCAGCCUCCUCCUCACCAGUCCAUCAUCAUAGAGAGGAUGCACUCUGGAGCCCGACGCUUCGUCACGCUGGACUUUGGCCGCCCCGUGCUCCUAACUGAUGCUCUCAUCCCGACGUGUGGUGACCUGGCCUCGCUGUCGAUCGACAUCUGGACGCUGGGGGAGGAGGUUGAUGGCCGCAGGCUGGUGGUAGCCACUGACAUCAGCACCCACUCUCUCAUUCUUCAUGACCUGCUGCCACCACCUGUGUGCAGGUUCAUGAAGAUCACUGUCAUUGGGCGCUACGGCAGCACCAAUGCUCGGGCAAAAAUCCCCCUGGGCUUCUACUAUGGACACACCUACAUCCUUCCGUGGGAGAGCGAGCUUAAAUUGAUGCAUGAUCCUCUGAGGGGGGAGAGUGAUGCAGCGAGUCAGCCGGAUGUGGACCAGCACCUGACCAUGAUGGUGGCGCUGCAGGAGGACAUCCAGUGCAGGUAUAACCUAGCUUGCCAUCGCCUAGAGACCCUCCUGCAGAACAUCGACCUGCCGCCUCUCAACAGCGCCAACAACGCUCAGUACUUCUUACGAAAACCAGACAAGGUGGUGGAGGAGGACCAGCGGGUUUUCUCAGCCUAUCAGGACUGCAUCCAGCUGCAGUUGCAACUCAACCUAGCUCACCACGCCGUCCAGAGGCUGCGGGUGUCACUGGGUGCCGGCCGCAAGUCUCUCCCCUCAGCUGGGGCGGCAGAGACCCAGGAGCUCGUCCACAACUCCUCUACUGAGCAGCUGAGGACCAUAAUCCGCUACCUGCUGGACACUCUGCUAGGCCUGCUGCAUUCCAACAACGGCCACUCAGUGCCUUCAGUGUUGCAGAGUACCUUCCAUGCGCAGGCCUGUGAGGAGCUCUUCAAACAUCUUUGCAUCAGCGGGACGCCUAAGAUCCGUCUUCACGCUGGACUGCUGUUGGUGCAGCUCUGUGGAGGGGAGCGCUGGUGGGGCCAAUUCCUCUCAAACGUACUGCAGGAACUCUACAACUCAGAGCAACUACUUAUCUUCCCCCAGGACAGGGUGUUCAUGCUCCUGUCUUGCAUUGGCCAAAGAUCGUUGAGUAACAGUGGAGUGUUGGAGGGCCUCCUGAACCUCUUAGACAGCCUUCUUUCUCCACUACAGCAGCCUCAAGCAGCUGCCCAACGCAGGACUGAAGGAGUCUUGGAUAUCCCCAUGAUCAGCUGGGUAGUGAUGCUGGUUUCUAGACUAUUGGACUACGUGGCCAGCAUAGAAGACGAGGCCUCGGGUGGGAAGAAGAACCUUGGAAAAGAGCGGGAGAGAAGUUAUACAGGUAUUCAGUGGAGCUUCAUCAACAACAGCCUUCAGUCUCAGAGCUCCAGCAGGUCAGCCAAAGGCAGCAGCAGCCUGGAUCGACUCUACUCUCGCAAGAUCCGCAAGCAGCUCGUCCACCACAAGCAGCAGUUAAAUCUAUUGAAAGCUAAACAGAAAGCUUUGGUGGAGCAGAUAGAGAAGGAGAAGAUCCAGAGUAACAAAGGCUCCUCCUACAAACUCCUGGUGGAACAGGCCAAGCUCAAACAAGCAACAUCCAAGCACUUUAAAGACCUAAUCCGUCUCCGACGGACUGCUGAAUGGCCCCGCUCCACGUUGGAUACAGAGUCCACAACUGCCAAAGAAGCCCCAGAAGUAGAACCCCUGCCCUUCACUCUGUCCCAUGAACGCUGCAUCUCUGUGGUUCAGAAGCUGGCCCUGUUCCUCCUCUCUAUGGACUUCACCUGCCACGCUGACCUGCUACUCUUUGUCUGCAAGGUCCUUGCUAGGAUAGCAAAUGCCACAAGACCCACAAUCCACCUGUGUGAAGUAGUGUCUGAGAAUCAGCUGGAGCGUCUGCUGCUCCUGCUUGUGGGAACCGACUUCAACCGAGGGGACAUUUCCUGGGGGGGCGCCUGGGCUCAGUAUUCCCUCACAUGUAUGCUACAGGACAUCCUGGCAGGUGAACUGCUGUCUCCAGGCUCUCUGGAUGUAAUGGACGAAGUGGCGGUGGGUGAGGAGGCUGGGGCAUCGUCCUCCUCAGCAGGGGCCGAUUCAGAUGACUCCCUGCCCCAGCCGGCCCCCAUCCCCCUGGUAGAGAGCAUUGAUGAGGCCCUGGUACCCGAUAUCAUCGCAGGUGCUCCACCUCUGUCAUCUUUGGAAAAAGAUAAAGACAUAGACUUUGACUUGCUACAAGACCUGAUGGAUGUUGAUAUUGAUCCUUUAGAUAUUGAUUUGGAAAAAGAUCCACUUGCUGCCAAAGUUUUUAAGCCUAUAAGCAGCACCUGGUAUGAUUACUGGGGCGCUGACUACGGCACAUAUGGGUACAACCCAUACAUUGGAGGCGUUGGUAUCCCGGUGUCCAAACCUCCUGUUGCUGCAGAAAAGCCAGGAUCUCAGAGUCUGUCAGUGUCCGUGUCACAGGCGCUGGAUGCGCGGCUAGAAGUGGGACUAGAGCAGCAGGCUGAACUCAUGCUCAAAAUGAUGGCAACUCUGCAGGCUGAUUCCAUUCUCCAGGCCCUCACCUCAAGCUCCUCCACAGUGAACCAGGCCUCCAAUGGGACUGAUGACUCCCUGCUGAGAGCUCUCCAUGGAGGAGGCUCUCCUCCUGUUAGCGGCCUGAUCCAAGCCUCAUCCAUCCCAAUACUGAGCGCCUGCUUCAAUAAGCUCUUCUCCAUGCUGCAGGUCCACCACGUACAGCUGGAGUCUCUGCUGCAACUGUGGUUAACGCUCAGUCUCAAUACCUGCUCUAAUGGCAAUGAAGAGAGCGGCUCGGACAUCUUCAUGUUCAACGCAAGCCGAGUGCCCACCAUCCCGCUCAACCAAGCAUCCAUCAGCAGUUUCCUGACAGUGCUGGCUUGGUACCCCAACACCUCCCUGAGAACAUGGUGUCUGGUGCUGCACUCUCUCACCCUGAUGACCAACAUGCCCACCUGCACCUCCAGCAAUGGAAUGGGCUCUCAGGAAAGCACAGCCCAGCAGAUGGUGUCCGAUCCCACCCUGGUUCACGUCUUGGUGCGCUUCCUGUCCGGCUGCAGCACCAACGGGACAAGCCAGCACAGCUCUCAAGUGGGACCCACUGCCACCCAGGCCAUGCACGAGUUUCUGGGCCGCCUGCAGGUUCACUUGUCCUCUACCUGCCCCCAAAUGUUCAGCGAGUUCCUGCUCAAACUCAUGCACAUCCUUUCUACUGAGAGGGGUCCGUUCCAGUCAGGCCAGGGCCCACUGGAUGCUCAAGUGAAGUUGUUGGAGUUUACUCUAGAGCAAAACUUUGAGGUGGUGUCAGUGGCCACCAUCUCCUCUGUCAUCGAGUCCAUAACAUUCCUGGUUCACCACUACAUCACCUGCUCUGACAAGCUGGUUUCCCGCAGCGGCUCCGACAGCUCUGUGGGUGCACGCGCCUGUUUCGGUGGUCUCUUUGCCAACAUCAUCAGGCCAGGAGAUGCAAAGGCUGUGUGUGGAGAGACAACACGCGAUCAGCUGAUGUUUGACCUCCUUAAGCUGGUCAACGUGCUGGUGACGCUGCCCCUGUCUGUGGACAGAGAGUUCAGUGGAAGGCUGCCGCCGGCUGGCAGCGGAGCAGCUGAUAGCAGUGUGUCAGACGAGGAGAAGGUCUGCGGAAGCAAAGAAAGCAUUGCUGGUGGAUCCACGUCCAGUCAGGGUCCUCCUGCGGGUGUGGCUGAUUUGGUGCUGGCAAAUCAGCAGAUUAUGAGCCAGAUCCUGUCAGCACUGGGCCAGUGCAACAGCAGUGCCAUGGCCAUGAUAAUAGGAGCCAGUGGCCUCCACCUGACCAAACAUGAGAACUUCCAUGGUGGUCUGGACGCCAUUUCCGUAGGUGAUGGCCUGUUCACCAUCCUUACCACACUGAGCAAGAGGGCCACAUCAGUCCAGGUCAUGUUACAGCCCAUCCUCACAUACAUGGCCUGUGGUUACAUGGGCAGACAGGGGUCUCUCUCCACCUGUCAGCUGUCUGAGCCUCUUCUUUGGUUCAUCCUCCGAGUGUUGGACACCAGCGAGGCUCUCAAGGCCUUCCAUGACAUGGGUGGUGUGCAGUUAAUCUGUAACAACAUGGUAACCAGCACUCGGGCCAUUGUGAACACAGCACGCAGCAUGGUAUCCACCAUCAUGAAGUUCUUAGAUUCAGGUCCUGGAAAGACAGCAGAUGGCAACCUGAAGGCCAGAGUGAUGACAUCAGAGCCAGACAAUGCAGAGGGACUCCACAACUUUGCUCCUUUAGGCACCAUCACAUCAAGCAGCCCCACAGCUCAGCCAGCAGAAGUCCUUCUUCAAGCCACGCCCCCACAUCGCAGGGCGCGCUCAGCAGCCUGGUCCUACAUCUUCCUGCCAGAGGAGGCCUGGUGUGACCUCACCAUCCACCUCCCUGCUGCUGUGCUACUGAAGGAGCUCCACAUCCAGCCUCACCUUGCCUCUCUAGCCACCUGCCCAUCCUCAGUCUCUGUGGAGAUUAGCGCUGAUGGAGUCAACAUGUUGCCGCUCUCUACGCCGGUUAUCACUAGCGGCCUAACAUACAUAAAGAUCCAGUUGGUAAAGGCAGAGGUUGCGUCAGCUGUUUGCCUGAGGCUGCAUAGGCCUCGUGAUGCCAGCACUUUGGGUCUAUCCCAGAUCAAACUCUUGGGGCUUACUGCAUUUGGUAACACCUCCUCUGCAACUGUCAACAACCCAUUCCUGCCUUCUGAGGACCAGGUUUCUAAAACCAGCAUUGGUUGGCUGCGCCUUCUCCACCAUUGUCUCACCCACGUCAGUGACCUUGAGGCCAUGAUGGCCAGUGCUGCAGCGCCCACUGCGAACCUGCUGCAGACCUGCGCUGCGCUGCUCAUGUCACCUUAUUGUGGCAUGCAUUCCCCCAACAUCGAGGCCGUGCUGGUCAAGAUCGGGCUGCAGUCCACUCGCAUCGGGCUCAAACUCAUUGACAUUCUUCUGAGAAACUGUGCUGCCUCUGGCACUGACCCCGCAAAUUUGAACAGCCCUCUCCUCUUUGGAAGACUGAACGGCCUCUCCUCAGACUCCACCAUCGAUAUUUUGUAUCAGCUGGGCACAACACAGGACUCUGGAACCAAAGACAGGAUCCAAGCUCUACUCCAGUGGGUUCAUGACUCCUCGCGCGUAGCAGCCCACAAGAUUAGCGGCCCCAUGGGAUACACUAGUGCCGGAGCCAGCUCUUCCUCUGCUUCAUCAAGGGAGUACGGCCUCCUCAUGCCUUCUCCUUCCCAUCUCCACUGUGUGGCAGCCAUACUGUGGCAUAGUUACGAGCUGCCUGUCGAUUAUGACCUGCCUGCACUGCUCAACAGAGAGCUUUUUGAGCUGCUGUAUAACUGGUCUAUGUCGUUGCCAUGCAACAUAGUGCUGAAGAAAGCUGUGGACAGCCUGUUGUGCUCUAUGUGUCACAUCCACCCCAGUUACUUCUCUCUGCUCAUGUCCUGGAUGGGGAUCGUUUCAGCGCCCAGUGCCAGUCACUCUCAAGCCCAGCACCAACGUCUCGCCAUGACCGAUGAUGGGAAAAAGCAGCAUGAUGCCAACACCAAUGCUGCAGGACUCACUGAUGAUUCCAAGCAUGCAAGACCCCCUAUCAACCUGUCGGAGUCCCAGUUAACCACGCUGGCUGCUGCCUCUCAGUCUCCAGGGGCCAUAGAGCAGCUGCUAGACUCAGGCUUACCCUCACUGCUGGUUCGUAGCCUGGCCCAGUUCUGUGUCAGCCUCCUGGCCAGUGCAGACCUUCCUCUGCCAGCUGCUCAGGCUGAGAGAAGACACCAUCAUCACCACUACCACUCAUCCUCCUCCACCUCACACAGUCGACCUCCUCUGGCUGCAGAGCUGGCAGCUCCGGUGCUGCGCUUCCUGACGGAAGUAGGAAACAGUCACGCCAUGAAAGACUGGUUAGGCGGACCAGAGGUGAACCCACUGUGGACGGCACUGCUUUUCUUGCUGUGCCAUUCCAGUGCAAGUACCAGUGCCACUGCAAGCUGUCAGCCUCUGGGGUCCGGAUCUGCAGCUUGUCCCCCUCCACCCCAGCCUCAGCCUUCAGGGUCACGCUUCUCCCUGGCUUCUUCUGGGCAGCCAGGAGGACUCACCACACAGCAGAGGACAGCUCUAGAGAACGCCACCGUGGCCUUCUUUCUCCAGUGUAUCUCCUGCCACCCAAACAACCAGCGGCUCAUGGCACAGGUUCUGUGUGAGCUCUUCCAGUCUGCACCUCAGCGAGGAAAUGUCCCCAUCUCUGGAAACAUAUCAGGCUUCAUUCGAAGGCUUUUCUUGCAGCUCAUGCUGGAGGAUGAGAAGGUCACAGUCUUCCUACAGUCUCCCUGUCCGUUAUAUAAAGGACGCAUUAAUGCCACCAGCCAUAUGAUCCAGCACCCCAUGUAUGGAGCAGGCCACAAGUAUCGCACCCUCCAUCUGCCCAUCUCCACCACACUGGCUGAAGUCCUGGACCGGGUUUCUGACACACCAAGCAUUACAGCGAAACUGAUCAAUGAGCAGAAAGAGGACAAGGAGAAGAAAAAUCACGAGGAGAAGGAGAAGAUGAAAGCAGACAACGGCUUCCAGGACAACUACAGUGUUGUUGUGGCCUCAGGCUUAAAGUCCCAGUCCAAGCGAGCCCUUUCAACUCCCCCCAGACCUCCAUCAAGGAGGGGUCGUGUGAUGAGUGACAAGUUGACUGCUUCAUCUGGUGUGGACCCUUCAGCCAAAACCAUCAGUGUGCCUGUCUUCCACCUCUACCACAAGCUACUUCCAGGUCAGCCCCUUCCACCUGAGAUGACCCUGGCCCAACUACUGACACUCCUGUAUGACCGCAAGUUGCCACAAGGCUACCAGUCCAUCAACCUGACAGUCAAGCUGGGCUCCAAGGUCAUCUCUGACCCCGGCCUCUCCAAGACGGACUCCUUCAAGAGGCUGCGCACUGAGAAAGUUGACCACUGUGACAUGCUGAACAGCUGUCCUGAGGACGAGCCAAUGACGCCCGGUGAAGAAUGUUCAGAUGCUGCCACUGAUGAGUCCCUGCUGGAGACCAACCCCAUCCAGUCACCUCUGCAGGUCUUUGCAGGCAUGGGGGGCCUCGCCCUCAUUGCAGAGAGGCUGCCAAUGCUCUACCCUGAUGUCAUUCAGCAGGUCAGCGCCCCAGUGGUGGCCUCUGCCUCACAGGAGAAGCCCAAGGACAGUGACCAGUUCGAGUGGGUGACCAUCGAGCAGUCAGGCGAGCUUGUUUAUGAGGCGCCCGAGUCCAUUGCCACCGAGCCCCCGCCCAUCAACAAGCAGCAGUCGCAGUCAUCUUCAUCGUCAUCGUCCUCUGUACAGACCAUGUCACCCAUCCCUGCUCACUCGCUGGCAGCUUUUGGCCUGUUCCUGCGCCUCCCAGGGUAUGCAGAGGUGCUGCUGAAGGAGAGGAAGCAUGCCCAGUGUCUGCUGCGUCUGGUGCUGGGUGUCACAGAUGACGGAGAGGGCAGUCACAUACUGCAGUCUCCAUCAGCCAAUGUGCUGCCCACGCUGCCUUUCCACGUCCUGCGUGCAUUGUUCAGCAGCACUCCUCUGACCACUGAUGACGGCGUCCUACUGCGGCGUAUGGCUCUGGAAAUCGGCGCCAUCCACCUGAUCCUGGCCUGUCUGUCAGCUCUCAGUCAUCACGCCCCCCGCAACCCCAACGCCAGCACCAGUGUGUCUGAGCCCCAGAUGUCCAGUUGUCACGGUGCGGGGACCAGCGAGGAGCAGCAGUUGUACUGGGCCAAAGGAACCGGUUUUGGUACUGGAUCCACAGCUUCAGGGUGGGAUGUAGAGCAGGCCCUCACCAAACAGCGACUAGAAGAGGAGCAUGUCACCUGUCUACUUCAGGUUCUGGCGAGCUACAUUAAUCCAGCAGGCUCCAGCAGCUGCCACAGUGCUGAUGCCUCUUCAGCAGACAGCAGCGCUCACAACAGUUCAGCUCUACCAGCCGUUCUGCAGGAGCUGCUGAGCCAGUCCUGCCUCAUCCCUGCCAUGUCGUCCUACCUACGCAAUGACUCAGUUCUAGAUAUGGCACGACAUGUGCCUCUAUAUCGGGCACUACUGGAGCUACUGAGGGCCAUUUCUACCUGCACAGCGCUGGUUCCUCUGCUGCUGCCUCUCUCUGGAGACCCCGGGGAGGAUGAGGAGGAAGAGGAUGAAGAAAGCUCAGAGGGACAGACCUCUGUUGGGAUGCUGCUGGCCAAGAUGAAGACAUGUGUGGACACAUACACCAAUCGCCUCAGGUCAAAGAAAGAUAAGAGUAAAGGUGUGGUGAAGUCAGACAGCUCCGAUCCAGAGCCUGAGGGUUUGACUUUGCUCGUUCCUGACAUCCAGAGGACAGCUGAGAUAGUCUACGCUGCAACCACCAGCCUGCGGCAGGCCAACCAGGAGAGGAGGCUGGUGGAGUCUUCAAAGAAGGUGUCAAGUCGCCCCAAGCCGCUGUCCAUUCUACGCUCUUUAGAGGAAAAAUACGUUGCUGCCAUGAAGAAGCUGCAGUUUGACACCUUUGAAAUGGUCUCAGAGGACGAGGACGGGAAAGUGAUGUUCAAGGUCAACUACCACUACAUGUCUCAGGUGAAGAACGCCAGCGAUACAAACAGUGCAGCCCGAUCCCGUCGCCUGGCCCAGGAAGCCGUCACCCUGUCCACCUCUUUGCCCCUGUCAUCCUUUUCCAGUGUCUUUGUCCGCUGCGAUGAGGAGAGACUUGACAUCAUGAAGGUUCUAAUCACAGGCCCGGCCGACACACCUUACGCCAACGGCUGCUUCGAGUUCGAUGUGUACUUUCCUCAAGACUAUCCCAACUCGCCUCCACUGGUCAACCUGGAGACAACCGGUGGACACAGUGUGCGCUUUAACCCUAACCUCUACAAUGAUGGCAAAGUAUGUUUAAGUAUCCUCAACACGUGGCACGGGAGACCAGAGGAGAAAUGGAACCCACAGACCUCAAGCUUUUUACAGGUGCUAGUGUCAGUGCAGUCCCUCAUUCUGGUGGCUGAGCCCUACUUCAAUGAGCCAGGGUAUGAACGCUCCCGCGGGACCCCCAGCGGCACCCAGAGCUCACGGGAAUAUGAUGGCAACAUCCGACAGGCCUCAGUCAAAUGGGCCAUGCUGGAGCAGAUGCGCAACCCCUCUCCAUGCUUCAAAGAGGUGAUCCACAAACACUUCUACCUGAAGCGGACAGAGAUCAUGUCUCAGUGAGAGUGGAUCGCAGACAUCCAGCAGUACAGCAGCGACAAGAGGGUCGGCAGGACCAUGUCCCAUCACGCUGCUGCUCUUAAGAGACACACGGCUCAGCUCAGAGAGGAGCUCCUGAAGCUCCCCUGCCCCGACGGUCUGGAGCCCGACGGCGACGAGUUCUCAGAGAGGAGCGCCUCCCUCAUCCUCAAAGAGCUGCCCAAUCAGGACGCAGAGAAGCCAGGCGGCAGUCAGGACAGCCACUGCAGCGAGGGCCAGCUAUGAGUCCUCCCCGAUCCACCUCCUCCCCUCCCAGCAUCCCCAAACCCUCCCCCUCGACUCCUUCUGAUUAUUACUCUGUAAAGACUCGAUGGCUUCAGAGCACAAGCCUCCACUUUGUCAAUAUUUGUAUGUAAAGAUCUAAUAGCAGAAUAAGAAGACGAGGGGACGUGGGGAAGCAGAACGUGAUGAGAUGAACUCUGAACUAUGCUACACCCUUAAUGACAACAGUCGACAAAAACUUUUAUUUACCUGUAAAGGAGUGUAAACAUUUUGUGCUUUUUUCCAAUUGUGAUAUAACCACUGAUUGGUAUGUUAUUAAACUUGUUUAUGUAUACAUAAUGGCAGAGGAAAAUUACAGAUUAUAUAAGGGAAACUACCUUUAGAAAGAAUGUUUACUGAAUGUUCAUUUCUCUUUACUUUUUCUUUUUUUGUCGUUUGGACUGUUAGAGAGAGAACAGUUGUAACCAAGGAUGUAUUGGUUAUUCUUUAAGGAUGCUAUUUCAAAAACACACACACAGGUAACCGAAUCUGACAUGAAAAGCCCCUCUGAUCAUCCGUUGCUUCAUUUGAUUUUUCUCGGAUCAUAUCCACUUCAAUAAAAGCUGAGUCGGACGUUCUUAAAUGCUAUGUUAUCCCCUUUUAAAGGCUCCAAAUUAAAAAUCAUCAUGCUCUGGAUUAACAGUUUGUCGCCUCUCAGAACUUCUCCAUGACCGUCUCCAUUGAUUGACAUGACUGUAGAUCGUAAGACUGUGUGUCAGAGCCUCAUGGGAAAUGUAUUUUGAAGGCUUGUGCAUGUGUACGUGUGUUUCUGUGCGUGUGCAACAAUCCCAAGUGAGAUACAAAGCUGUGAUGUGCCUUUGAUCUACACCACACCACCAAAUACUCCAACAGAGUACCUUUACUGAUUUACUUUGCUAUUUCUACAAAAUUAAUAAUUCUGCUCCGUCUGACAUUAAUACUGCUUUGAUCUUUUUUUUUUUAUUAUGUUGAACUCAAGUGAACAAAAAAAAUGCACUUUCUAUUUUACUCACUCCUUAGAACAGUCACAUUCUCCUUUUGCUAGGACAUUAAAUGGAGCUUGAAAGUAUG